AUGGCUCCCUGUACGUCAUUAGUUUCUACCUCCACACCAUUGAUUCUCACCCCAACAGCACCUCAGGAUCGGCGGCCUAUCGUCAUCUCCGGCCCUUCAGGCGCAGGAAAAGGAACCCUUAUCCAAAAACUCAUUGAUGCCCACCCAAACACAUUCGAACUAACAGUCUCCCACACAACCCGGAAACCACGUCCCGGAGAAACAGACGGUAUAUCCUACCACUUUGUUUCCGUCGAGACAUACAAUACUCUCAAGUCCAAUGGGGAUCUGAUAGAAGAUGCAAUGUACGCCGAUAAUUUCUACGGCACGAGUAAAGCAGCACUCGAAAAGAUAUUCAACAGACGGCUCAUUCCGAUUCUUGAUAUCGACAUGGUUGGCGUGCAGCAGGUGACAAUAAAUCCCAAGUUUAAGGCUCGAUAUGUCUUUAUUAAACCGCGGGAUCUAGCUGUGCUUGAGCAGCGACUUAGAGGGCGAGGGACCGAGAGUGAGCUACAUAUUCAGGCUAGACUGAAUCAAGCGAGGAGGGAACUUGAGUUUGCUGAGACUACGGGUGUUUUUGAUCGAGUUAUUGUUAAUGAUGAUCUGGAGAAGGCUUAUCUCGAGCUUGAGGGGUUUGUUUUUGGGUUAGAGUGA